CCAGCCGCGACCCACCCGAAGGCAGCCAAGAUGAAAGUCAAGAGCAUGACAUUCAAGGAGGGGCAAGAGUUCAAGGUCCGCAUCAAGCCGGACGAGGACUGCAACUCCUUCGCCAUCAACAUCGGUCAUGAUCCUGAAAACAUCGCGCUGCACUUCAACCCCCGCUUCGACUCCGGAGGAGACACCAACACCAUCGUGUGCAACUCUCUGUCCGGGGGAAACUGGGGCGAGGAGGGCCGGGAGAGCUCCUUCCCCUUCGCACGGGGGGAGGAAUGCAAGUUCUACAUAAACUUCAACAUGGAGCAGUUUUACAUCAAACUUCCCGACGGCACCAUGAUGAACUUCCCCAACCGGCUGGGAGAAGUCAAGUACCAGUACUUCGACGUCUCCGGCGGGGCCAGGAUCGUCGGCAUCAAGAUCAAGUAGAGGGUGACCUGCUGCCGACGCCUGACCUUUGGCACCACUCCUCUUUCUCCUAGUCUGUUUUCACAUUACUGAGAGCUUGAAUUCAGAUCCACUGGAUCCCACCAUCUGAGGCGGAUCUGCCGGUGCUGUACUGGCAGG